GUGACACCCAGCGUCAGGAGUUCAUGACGUCAGCCCUCUCUGUGGAGGUCCACCCUCCAGAUACAAACAUUAGUUGACUUCAUGCAGUCGAUGGCUCUCACUCGUCUCACAAUGUCCGGAGUUUACAGAGCCUUUGUUUUUAUCUUGAUUUUCUACGGAGUUUUUAUAACCUCGGAGGCGCAGACAUCGACUCCUUCUCCUGCUCCGACUCCUUGUGCCUUGAGAUCCAACACCAGUUGUGCUGAAUGCCUGCAGAAUGUGACAUGUUUGUGGUGCACACCAACCAAACAAUGCAUGGACUACCCAGUGAGGAACAUCCUGCCCCCCAGCAGUGUGUGUCCACUGAAUGAUGCACGAUGGGGGUUGUGCUGGGUAAACUUCCAGAUUUUGAUCAUCACCAUGUCAGUGCUGGGUGGCGUCAUCAUCAUUGGCAUUUUUGUUUGCUGCUUUUGCUGCUGCAAGUGUGAAAGAAUUGGGAGCAAGAGAGAAGAUGCAAAGGUGGAGCGACAAACCCGUGCAAGGAAGACCCGUCAGAAAGCGAAAAGAACAGAAAUGCAGCUGAGACACGAUGAAGUCAGGCAGAAAUACGGAAUGGCAAAGGAAAAUCCAUACGCCCGUAUGGACAAUCAUUGAGCAGAAUCUCAGCGAUGAUCCCUUUUUAAAAAACAAAACAAAAAAACUUUGCGAUGAUUUUAUUGAUGCCAGUAACAUUAGGAUACAUGAGAAACUGAUUAUCUGAUUUCAUUUCAGUGUUUGUGAAAAAAUGUCACCAAGAUGUUCUGAAAUGAUUUUGACUAACUGUGCACUAUAUUGUAAACACGUUCUCUUCACCUAAUGUUUCAUAUUUUAUUCACAUUGCUUUCUGCUGUUAUACCAAGUUAAUAUUUCUUAUGCGUUCAUUUUGAUGUAAAUGGUUAUACAAGAAUCUGUUCAGGUUGUUUUUCUGCCCACACAGAAAACUACAUGUUAGUGUAAAUGUGUUAAAACAUAUUGUUUGCCAUGAUAUACAACAUGACUGUGUUAUUUAGCAUAAAAAGCAGUAUUGUGAGUUUUCUACAACUCCAGAGAAGAUCAGAGCUUGUGGUGCUUCUUUUAUAACGAGCAGUUUAAUUUCCAUACUAUAGUUGUAAUACACACUAGUUUACUGAUCUGUACUGAAAAUACAUUUAUUUUUAUAUAAAAAGUUAAUUUAGACCAUGUAACUGCUUUUACACGUUUUUUUUGCAAUUUUAUCAGUGAAUAAAUAGCAGGAUUUGUUUCAAUACUUGUUUGGAUAAAAUAAAUGUGAUGUCAUCAGUGUGCUUCCA